GCGCGCAUGCGCGCUGACGCUGUUAAAUGCCUGUCCAACAUGGCGGCGCGGAGGGUGAGCCCUGCGAGCUGAAAACAAUGUCAGGCCCGGGCGCCUAGUGUCUACACCACGGAGCUAUGACUUCUUUGGGGUCGGUGUUCGCGUCCGAGAAGCGGCUGGCCGACUACUUCGUCAUCUGCGGUCUAGACCUCGAGUCGGGACUGGAACCUGACGCUCUCUCGGGCGACCACCUACACUUCACGCCGUUGGACCGUUGCUACAAGGGCAAGGUUUUAGCGCACUACCCCGAGAAUGUCUCCUGGAACCCCUUCGACCCUAGCGCCAUUGGCAUGCUCUGCUUGCCACACGGACUAUCCUUCCGGACGCAGAAGCACUCGCGCGAACCCUUCUUUCACCCGUUUGUCAUUACGCGAGAGGAUGGCUCACGGACAUACGGCCAGGCGCUCACCUUCUACGAGGAGGUCAUCGACCGGCAGAUCUGCUCGGCCAUGCAGACGUUACAGGCGAUGCACCUGACAGAACUGAGCUCAAGCGGGAACAAGUCACCACUGUCACGGACAGCAGCAAUCAAGACUGAGGCCCCUGUGUCCAGGUCACUCCCAAGGUCGUUUCGGCUCAUGACGACCUCGAGGUCUUCCGACUCGAGCGGGGGAUCUCUGUACGACAUAACCAAGGACACGCUGUACGUGAGCAAGGCAAUCUGCCUGGUGACCCCGCUGCCGCUGGUCAACGCAUGCCGGACGGUGCUGCAGAAGCUGCUGUCAUUGGUGCAGGGGCGCGACUCCCCACCUCUGCCCCUCGAGAGCUAUGUGUACAACUUGCUCUAUGAGCUUCCCUUGCCUCCACCGGGACGGUCGUUGCGCCUCAGCUACCUCUACCAGGACUACGUUUGCCAGAGGCCAGGAACGGGGGAGCUUCCCUUCUUUGACUACUCGUUCCGGGAGCUCUUCGCAAUACUGGGCCUGGAGAACUGCCUCCAGCUGUUCACCAGCGUGUGCUUCGAGAACCAGAUCCUCCUCUGCUCCGAAGACUACGACCGGUUGAUGCUGGUGGCGGAGUGCGUGACGUGCCUGCUGCUGCCAUUCCAGUGGCAGCAUGUGUACGUGCCGAUCCUGCCCCACUCGCUACACCACUUCCUGGAUGCACCGGUGCCCUUCCUCAUGGGCCUGAAGCACGUCUGGGGCGGCGAGCAGGCCGACGCCAUCUGUCCCGGCGAGGCCAACCUGUGCCUAGUGGACAUUGACGGCUGCAGUGUACAGGUGCCCGAAGACCUGCCCAGCUUUCCCAACAAGCAGGAGCUUCUUGCCGAACUACAGGACCUGCUCACGCAGUUCGGCGUUAAGACACCUGGUGGUUCAUCAUCUCUCAUCACCUCCUCAUCACCCAACGUGGCGGCAUCCGCAACCCUCGGCCGUAACCUCAACGACCGGCCGUUCCCUCGUCGGAAACACUCCUGGAGCCUAGAGAGUGGUGACUCGGGAGUGAGCAGCACGGUUAGCAGCGCGCGAAGCUCCUUCACAAGCCUCGGCACACCGUCGCCUCUCUUGCAGCACAGUGAGGCGUUCCAGCGCAUCACAGCUGUCGCCAAAAGAGCUGGUGUGAUAAACUCCCUGGAAGACCUGCGGCGUCCUCGUUGCCAAGACAAUAGCGAGGGCAAGCUCAGCCUGCUUCGGCAGCCGCAGCAGCACGGCUCGGCCGCCGCGGCAGAAAGGCACCCACAGCUGGAGGAGCUACGGCUCAACAAUGCCGUGCGCGAGAUCUUCUUCAACCGCUUCCUGCACAUGUUUCGCUCCUACGACCACUUCGUCAUACAGCCCAACCAGAAGGACAUGGAGCAGUGGCUGGCGUCGCGGGACACUGUGCACAACUUCGACAAGACGACAUUCCUGUCCGACCAGCCCGAGCCGCACCUACCGUUCCUGUCACGCUUCAUUGAGACGCAGAUGUUUGCCAGCUUCAUCGACAGCAAAAUCCUCUCACUCUGGGAAGAGCCCGACCCGUGCCUAAAGAUUUUCGACAACCGGAUAAAACUGCUUCGCAACCAUUCCAGUGAAACCAUCAUCAAUCGCUACGAACGCUGCACCGUGUACAAAGAAACAGAACUGUCCAUCGAGGGCCGGCUGUCGGCCCCGGAUUUGGUGGCCCCAGUACCGAAGAUAGUCGACCCCACGGUAGAUCUCCCGGGGCGCCGGAACCACAGGCCAGGAGUCUUUCCUCAGCUGGAGUCUGCCGUGCUGAACCGAGAGCCAGUACAGUCCAAGGUGAAAAAACGUGCGCACGCCCAGUUCCGAAGGAAAGACCGCUCCAUCCAGCAAGCUGAGCACUUGAAGCUCACUGCGGAGCAAAGAGAGUCUGCCUGUGUUGGCACGAAAUCGAAGCAUGCUCAGUUGUGGCAAAAGUACAUGAAUGAAGCCCGCGCCAAGCACAUGAAGCAGCCGAAAUUCAGUGACACAGCCUCAGCUGCGGUCAUUGCACAGACCAAUUGGAAAUUUGUGGAGGCACUGCUCAUGGAGUGUAAAACCAGGACCAAGCGCAUGCUGGUCGAGAAGAUGGGCGUCGAGGCAGUUGAGCUGGGCCAUGCCGAGGCCAGCAUCACAGGCCUCGAAGAGAACACGCUACUGGCGUCGUUCUGCGACCUCCUUGAACGCAUCUGGUCACAUGGCCUGAUGGCCAAGCAGGGCAAGUCAGCACUGUGGUCUCACCUGCUCAAUUAUUUGGAGGUUGAAGAGUGCCGGUCCAGUGGCAAACCGAUUGAUCGGAACUUUUUGACUCCAGUGCCCGUGCGUGCCCAAGUCCCCAAGAGUUUUGGUUUCCCCGAAAUUAUUUUCUCCCUUAAGUCGGGUGCCCUAAACGCCGUUACCAAACACCUGGCCAACCUGGACCUCUCAAACCUGGUGCCAGACGAGAUGCCGGCGUCGCGGGGCAGGGAAGCCAAGGAGCGGAGUCGUCGGGUCAGGACGCCGGACCUGCCCGGCCUCAAGCCGCUUCCUGUCUCCCUCUUGAUGGACGUCAAGACGGUGCAGGCAAUGACUGAGGUCAAAACGGACAUUGGCUUCGCUCGGGCUUGGGUUCGCCUUUGCCUGGAAAAGAAGCUGCUGUCCAAGCACCUCAAGAAGCUGCUCUCCAACCAGGAGCUGCUCAGGAGUUCCUACAAGCGGUAUGCAUUCUUGCGGUGCGAAGAUGAGAAAGAGCAGUUCCUGUACUACCUCCUCACGCUCAACGCUGUUGACUACAAGUGCUUCACCAACACCUACACGGCCACAGAGAUGCCAUAUCGGGUCGUCGUGUUCCCGAGCCGCAAGCUGAGUGCCUCGACAACGUCGGCCAAUGCCUGGGUCAGCGUCUCGGGUACUAUGGGGACCACGGGCAUCAUCCCAGUGCCCAAGCAGUUGCCCGAGUUCGUCUGCCACCACAAGAACCUGGGCCUGCUCACGACGCUACGGAUUGGCCACGACAACACGGGCCUCUCGCCCAAGUGGAUGAUUGAGCACGUCGUGGUGCGCAACGAUGUCACGGGACACACCUACAAGUUCCCCUGUGGUCGGUGGUUGGGAAGGGGCAUCGACGACGGUAGCACGGAGAGGCUCCUAGUUGCGGAGCUGGUUCCAGCAGACAUCGACAAUGAAGAGCUGAUGGAAGCUUGCCGAACGCCGCCUCGAUGCCGGUCGCCCAGCGUUCCACGAAGGCCAAGUGAACCCCGGCUAACCAUUCCAGAGAUUCAGCAACUCCUCGGCGAUGCAGUCAACAACAUAGUCAAGUACUUCUACAAAUCCGAGCGAGAGAGGGGCAACUUGACAAUCCUGCUUUGUGGAGAGCUGGGGCUGGUCUACUGCCUGGAGCAGGUCUUCCUGUAUGGCUUCAAGGACACGCGCUUCUUCAGGCAUGUCUACCUCUGGGAGUAUUUUGUAAAAGUCAAGGAGUACUUCGAGUCUGCGCUGCAGGACAACAUGGAGGACGAGCGGCCGAACCCAGUGUGGCGCUGCUACUGCCACCUGGCCAACAAAGUAGAGCGGGCCUCACACACCAUGGGCAAGGACGGAAAGUUCCAGCUGUUCAUCUGCCUUGCCGCCAGGGAGCACUUCCUGCACCAGAUGAUGUUUGACCUGGCCGCCUGUCCCGUGACGGCCACCAUGUACGAGGAAAGGUCGUUCCUGCGCGACGCCAACCUCGUGGUCUUCCUCGUCCAGAUCCUGGAGGCCCUCUCCGAGUUCGACAUUGCCCUCGAAAGCUCCAUCACCCGUGGGGUGGACAACUGAGCCCAGGCGGCACCUCAUCAUGGCAGCUCAUACUCCGCAGGUUGAUUCACCAGGGACAGUCGGGGCAAGCUUACCGGUUUGUUCUAAGAAUGCCGGACGGCACGGGACGGUAAUCAGCGUCGACUGAAAACGGCCCAGAGAUUCCGCCAGCCCAUUGAAUCUCUUCUAGGCCAGAUGUUGGCCAACGUUGCCUUCACAAGUCGCGCACGACGACACAAAGUACUACGUGUAACGUUCUUAGUUCCUCAAGCAGAAAACUUAUUCCCCAGUGCGUGGUGGUUCCUGCGUGAAAGAAGAAGAAAAAAUUGUUUUCUUUUAUUCCUUGCCCACAGUUAUACCAGCUUCCGUGGCUGUAUUUUCGGCAUCUGUAUUGUUUCGUUUUGGUGGCUCAGAUAUGGCAGUCCACAAGAUGGUUGCGUGUGUUUGCCUGAAACGCGAAUGUCCCGCUCGGGGUGUACCCGCGACUAAAGAAUCACUCAAGCAAGGAAAUACUCCCCAAGUGUUCUUGUUUUCGUUGUUUUGUCAUGUCGUGCCUCCAUUGUUUUGUCAUAUCGUGCCUCCAUUAUUUUAGUGUACAUAUGGAACAGUCAUUCACUAGGCGUUUUAGAGGCCGGGGAGUGACUCCGCAGUGAGUUUUUAACAAACUGAGUCAUGAGCAAUCUCCCGUCACAUUCUUAUUCAUGUUGCCACUUGUUAAAUUUAGUUCUUUUUUUUUUUAGUCAUUGUACAUAGCUUCAAAUGUUGCGCUGUAGCAUUUCAUUUUGUUAAGCCUCGCAAGUGUUAAAGUUCGACCAGUCCAUUGGCUUCGAAGCUGCAAUGCGUUUACACCAAACACAGCUGGUAUUGGCCUUGACAUGAUUCCUGAUUAACCUGCUUUGAGGCCUGAAGUGUUCGGAAGUUGCCAACAUCAGAGAGUGAUAUGGUUAGAAUUAGGGCGACUUCAAGUCGGCAGGCCUAUGGAGCAUAUAUUCUGACCUGCAUUUGGUGCCGCAGCCACUGCAUCAAUUUCAUGCAACACAGUGCCCAGGCUGUCGGCAUUCCUUGCAAGUUUCAGUAGUAGACAGUUUGGAACUGAUUCGACGACAGCACGUCAGAAACGUGUUGCAAAAUGCAUUCCCUGUAGCUGACGCUCAAUACUCGGCACUUGAGGGAAUCUUCUCAGUCGUGAGCACUUUCCCUAAAAAAGUAGUAACCUGCCAUUCACCUCUGUGCAGAAUAGGAAUCAAGCUACAGAGUUAGGUGUACAUACUAAACUUUUAAAAUUUAUUUAAAUCGCAAUGUAAGAUAACAUGUAUGGCUUGUAAUGGGUGAAAACGACUAAGUCAGUUACAGAGCCCCCCCCCCCCCCCCCCUAAUUUUGGCUAACAUGUUUCCUACCAAAGCAUUGGCUUGAUAUUGCAUUUAACACUUUCGAGCCUCGCUUGUUUCAUUUUCUCAUUAGAGCAUCUCGUUAAGUGUUUCAUUAAUGCAAAAGGCAAUGCUUCAUUUCCUGCUGUCUAGUGUGCCAUUACUUAUUAUUCAAACUCCUUAGUAAGUUCCUUUAUAACAAAUGUUUUAAUUAUUGACAUACAGUAGACACCCUUUAAGACUUAACUUGAAGGGAUAGGGAAAAUCUGUUCAUAUUUUCAAAAGUAUGGCUGAACCGAAGUGCACUGCAUUCAUAGGAAACAGCGGAAAUCCAGAAUUUAUUUGCAUGAUCUGUAAAUCAACUUAUUCAACAUUGUCUUAAAAGGAAGUCUACUGUGUCGGUGUUCAGUGUAUUGUUUAUAUUCUGUACAAGAGGGUGUUCUUAUUGUAUGACCUGGGAUUGUUCACUCCUUUUGUUAAUGGAAACUUGUGACCCAGAAACUUAUGACCCAGUGUGCAGUAUCGAUGUUAAGUUUUCUCUUCUUGGUAAGGCAGUUCGCUGAAAAGAAAAGAAAUGCCCGUUAUGUCAGUAGGCAGUGAGGUACCCUCGCUCUUCAGUGUUAGACUCCGUUAAAGGUGUAAUCCUAACUCUUACCGCCUGAACACAUACCACCGUUCUAGGCAUCGUUAAGCAGCAUAGGUGUUGGAGUGGAAUAUUAAAACUACCCAACGAAAGCUCCUCUAUCUUUGCUGCGGCUGUCAUUUAAAACUGACGUAUCCAAGACAGCCAAAGCACACAUUUUGUGUUGCUUGAUUUGGGAAAAGCAAGACACACUGGAGGCCAGUUUCAAUGAUAUCUCGUCUGGAAGUUUUAUUUUGCGACUCUCCAAUGUUCUUAGCAGUAUGAGCUGUCUUUAUUUCAUAUGGUGCAUGGCAUUGCUUGCGGAAGAGUUGCAACGGCAGUGUUUUAAUGUGUUGAAAAGCUGUCAACCAAAUUGAUUACAUUCCUAUGGCCCAGCAAGGAAAGGGCUGAACUAAGAAGCUGUGUCAUCAUUCUUGAGUCUACCUCCUUUCUCCUUGAAAUUGCGCACCAACUUUUGUGCUGGAAAUACUGUACGCCUUUCUCUUUUGCACCCUAUGUGGUGUAAAAGUUACCGAAGACUCCUUUAUUCAGGCAAGCCUGGGUAAAGGGAGCAUGAGAUGUCACUGCAAGUGUAGGAGCAAAAUGUGAAAAGCAUCGCACAUCACCUUUCUUUUGUUUUUGCACUGCAUUUACACCCUUUAUGGUGUAAAAUGGGCAUGACUGCUUUUCUCAGGCAGGUUAGGAGAGGUUGCAAAAGAACUGAAUGCAAAAAUAUGAGUGACAAUGUAAAAGUGAACAUUCAACAAUAUGGCACUUGCCAGUCAACUUAUCCUGCAAUUUAAUGUCUCUUCUAAAUCUUGUCAAACAGGGUAACUUUGUUUUUGCUGCGAGUUUGUUCAUAAUCAUUUUGAGACCACAAUGCUUGGGUUAAUAAAUGGAAGUGCCAUUAGCAUGGGUUCAUUAGCAUGCACAUACGAGUAUGUGCACAUUGACGCACAUGCACCAGGUAUUUCCACAUGCAACAGCGUGCUAGAGCUAUUGCAGUUUGCAAAUCACUUUCCAUCCUCACAGUACAUUAUCAUUUCGUUGCAUAUGUACAAUGAAAAGGACACACAAUAUGAAGCAAUGCGAUGUACAAGGGCAGUGCACAAUGAGCAGCGUGUACAAACUUCAUCGCUUCAGCCUGUAUGCACCUCUCUUAGCGCUGUACAUUCAUAGUAAGCCGUUGAUAACUGAUCAACCUAUCUGUUGUUGUGGUGUUAACCUUUUAUGACAUUGCACACACAUACGCAUCGGCAUCACUUCUCUCUCUCCUCAUCACUAAACUGGGACACGGGAACCGAACAAAUGAACCAGUUCCGCAUUUACCUGUGUGCGCUGGCUUGCGGCUUCAUGCCAUCUCCUGGCUCAACGCAUGACUUCUAGCAGCCCACUGCCUUACCAAGAAAGUCAUCUAGCCGUACUCGAGCUUUGCUAAGUAAUAUUUAUUUUUCUGUUUCAUGGCAGCUCGGAGGUGUUGUUUAUUCCCCCCCCCCCUUAUUUUCCCCCCCGGUCUGUUGUUACAGCACACGCACAUGUUUUGUCAGAGUAAUAAUCUGUAUGGGGACCAGGGCGUGCCUUUUGUAUGUGGCGCGUCAGACUCGUUGCAUUUUCGCUUGCUGAAUUAAGGUGCGCCAUCGACAGGCGAAAGGGAAAGCUUCUGGCAAAGAUUGGUCAUACUGAUGCUCGUUACAGCAUAUCAUAGGUAGUGGCAUAGUCCCUCAUCAAGACGAAUGUAGUGUGUCGGGAUGGAAGGGCUUGUCCUUAUGUGUGCAAAAGGAGCAUGUGUAACACUAACUGGCCAUGCGCUUGUACACUAGCAUUCAUUUGUCGUGCUUGUUGCAUAUAUUAUAAAAGUGAAGCCUUUCGGCAGCAUUGAGUAGUACAUUCUAAGUUGGGAUCAUCAAGCUCACCCUUUUUUUUUUUUUUUUUGCCCCGUGUUAAGUGCUGUAAAAGCUUUUUUUUUUUAGAAAAGUGGUAGGGUAUCAGGAUGUCGUGCUCACAGCUGCUUUUGCUUCGUGUUAGGUAAUGUGACUAUCUUUAAGAAGAAGUGUGAAGUAACAUUGUUAAACCCGUGUAGUGCUAUGUCAUGUAUACGGAAGAGUAGUACCUGUGAUUUUGUGAUGAUUUCCAGAUUAACAUAGGCAUGCUUGUAUAAUCUGGCAUUGUGACAGUGUGUUCAUUGCUUGUUAUGUUUUGUUCGUCACCUUGCACAAUUUAUUCGAGCAUGAACUUUCCACCUGAUAGGGAAAGCCGAGUUAUGAGUAAUUUAUUGCAAAUUUCUGAAUUUAUUUAAAGAGGGUGAGCUAAGUCUGCACACGCAUUUCUCUGGCUAGAAUAUUGCUUUUUUAAGGAAAGCCUUAUGUGCAACGUAUUUCAUUAUUCUUUUGUUCACUGUUUUGUUUAGUGCAUUGUAACUGCCGCAGUUGUUGGUUGUCUUGCGCAGUUACGUCGACAUUUUGCUCUUUGUACAUCCACCUGUCGAGGUGAACAUUGGUAAAGUCUCAUUGAUCUUUCUAGCCCAGUUAUUGUCUUCACAUUGUAUCUACUGUCUUACAUGCUACAGUCAUAUUGCGAAAUCCCACUGCAUCCUGUGUAUAAUUUGUGCAUGUGCUGCUUGGUUAGUCAGGAAGAGGUGUACCAGAGGCGUUGCUCAUCAGCUUUGCGGCACAGCCUGAGCCAUCCAUCGUUCAUUCGCACUUGACAGAAAUCUCAGGCAACCAUAGUACAAUAUUUCUUCAUUUUUUUAGACUGCUGUGCAUAAUGCAAGUGUGUCAUAUUGUUCUUAUAAAUUUGAGAUGUGUUAGUGGUGUCCUUCCUUUUUUUUUUUUUCACCAACGGCUUGGCCUUAGAGUGAGUGUUCUUUCUUUUAAUAUCCUUCUUUUUCUUUUCACCUUUUCAAACAUUGAUAACACGCUGUUCCUGUUAAACAUGGUGAUGUUUUAUGUUCAACAGUCUUCCUCGAAUGAGUGACACCUUAUACACAAGUCUCGAUGAGCUCACGAGUAUGAUCUACUUGUGCAGACACGUGGGAGUAAAAAAAAAAAAGAAACAUUGCAUUUUUCAGCAAAGUGAACUGUUUUGAUGCUUCAAUGCUGCUACACGCUUCGACUGUAUUAUUUCGCAUCCAUCAUUUGAACUGGAGUAAAGGCACUGGACAUUUCAUAAGCAUGAGGUUUUUGAAUACAGUAGAACCAAUAUAAUGACAGGUGCACAACAAUGAUUUCUAGGGAGUUUCAGCGCUCUUGUGAUCUCGCAAAGUGCUCCACUUCUGCAAGAAGUCAGCUGUACAUGCUUGAGUGGCGGAACAGUUAGGGAGCACAGUGUCAGAUUACAAAAUGGGGUGUGCUAAAACUCUCUAACAAUGGAGACAGUGCUACUAAUAAUAGAGAGUUGCUGAAACUCGUGCUUGUUCAGCUCGUGCAUUUGGAGCUGGCACCUCACAGCAGCGGAGCACGGUAGCAGAUUGUGAAAUACCGUGUGCUAAAACUCUCUAAUUAUGGAGAGUUGCUAAGACCCUCUAACAGUCAAAGGCUUUAGCCCAACCUGUAGCCAUUACCGUUAUUCGAAUACUGGAGACACAGGCAGGAACAGCUGUGCUGGGGGUGGCACCUUGCAACGCUGUAUACAACCAAAACAGGCACAACUGUUAUUGCCAUGAACAACUAUGCGCUGCUUAACUGAUGGCAUAAAUGUGUUAACAGUGACGUGAUGUUUGUAAAGGUAUUAUUGCAUUUUAUAUAACUAGUCCGUCAUUGGUGAAUAGAGAACUUGAACAUCAAGAGUGUCAACUCCGAAAAAUGUCGAUACUAGUACCAAUACCAAAAGUGCAGCGUAAAUACUCAGUGAACAUUGAAAGUGCACCGUUAAAAAAAUGCCUACAGCUGUUUGAGAAACCAAAAGUGAUUGUGUCCUGAAAAUAAUAGGUGAUGCAAGAGCCAGUGAGGGUUGUAUGUGCGCAAAGUUGCACUUGUGGGAGUUAACUGAGGUAUAUUGUUGGAAGUAAUGAUCUGUAGUUCCGCUAACAGUUUCACUAGGAACUGGGUUGCAAUUCUUCAAGGUCGCACAACUUCGUAGGCUUUUCUCCCUUUUUUUUUGUUUUUUAUUCUGAUGAGCUUGGCAGCAUUCCCAACACAUUCAUGUUCAACGCACCAUUGCCAGAUGGCGCCACCAGUGCUGCUGUUAUCGUAAAAAGCUCCCAAUAUUCUAGUAUUAGGUCAGUGGUAACAUGCACACACCUUGCUAAACGUGUUUAUGGUAACUCGGAAUGGCAUAGUUUAUACAUGCAGGCCUGUGCCGUAUUUACAGUAACAGUUUGCACAGGAGAAGCUGUUAUGAGAAAUUGAUAAUGGCCGCAUGCAAUUUUUUUUUUUUUUUUUUUUUUUUGCUUAUAACAUUUCGGGUACUUUUUUGCUGCUGCCUCAGGUUUGGUGAAAGGCCUAAUUUGUGGAAAGGUUUUGUCUUGUGAAACAGUAGUGUUGAAUUGUCUCCCAUUCUUUUUGUUUUUGCCUUGAACAAAAAGCCAAGUUAUCUUGUGAUUUAUAUUUCACCUAUAUUUAUAUAUUGAGGCAAAAGACAAAAUUCACGUUAUUCGUUCCUAAUAUGUAGUCUUCCAUUCGGGCAGUAGCCAUUUUAGAAAGCAAAGUAGCCAUUUUAUAACGACAGCACUGAGAAGCAGUGUGGGGGAGCUUUGGCUUCAGUGGCAAGUCUAGAAAGCAUUUUUUGAACUAUCUUAAAGAAUUGAACUGUUCAGCAGAUAUCUCGCUUUGUUUAAAUACAUUAGUGUGCAAAUAUGCACAAAUAAUACACCUUCACUCAUAUGCUAGAACACUAAUGGUACUGAAAAGUUUGUCAAUCGCACUGCCUGUUAAGACGGAAAACCAUCAAAUAUACCCUCAUUUUUGUGCCUUUAAAAGUAGUGCAAUGGGACAUGAUUUCUCCCCACCUGGUUAUCAGUUAAAUAAGAAAUUGUCUAGUGCGUUCACAUUGUCAAGCAUUUCUGAUCAAAUUGUUAGUUGUUUGUUGGCAAAGACGCUAGUGCACUUUUGAUGUACUAUUCUUGUACUGAACACAUUUGUGUGAGCUCUGUGUCAGUAAAUUGUGGUUUUCACUGCAGAAGCAUUUUUAUCAUUACAUAUUAAAGAAACUAUUGUUUUUUCUCUUUUUGUUUUUUUCUGUUGCUUGAGAGAGAAGCACUUACAAGAUAGGUGGCCAUGCAAUCAAUCCUCAAGCCUCAUUAAUUUUUUUUUUUUUACUUCUGUCUUUGCUUGUAUUCGGAACACAUGGUAACAGUCUUGAAUGCCAGUAAAGUGGGGUUCUUUUCUUUUUUAACACUGGUUUUGUGGCAACAUUGUCAUAAGCCAGCUGUUGCAAAUAAUGGUAUUUCACGUACUGACAUAGUGUUCCUACAUACUUCUAGAAUAGCUCUGGCAAUUUCCUAAGCUAACGACGAAGCUGGCGAUCAUUGUACAGGUUUAAAAUCGCAUUAAGUCAUCUUCAAAUGGAUCUAUACAUUAACCAAGGAUGAGCGUUCCAUGAUUGCACACACAGACCAGCCAAGCAUUAUGUGCUCGAGAAGUUCCGAUUUUUCUGUUACCUCUGUGGGUGACACUAUCUUCACAACUGUCUUCACAAACUACUAUCUUCACAAUUGUUGUGCAUCAGAAGUUGUUACGUUGUUGAACUCUGCAUAACUAAUUUGUGUGGGCUGCUGCUGCUUAAUUUCUUUCUUAUAGCUCAAAUGUCUUGUCUCAAAACAGUGAGGCUCAGUUCACCGUUUGGAAAGAGUAACAAGACUUUUCAUGUCUGAAAUAGAAUUGCAUCCUCCGAGUUCAUAACUGGUGUCAUUCUUUGGGGCCCAUUUUUUUUCACGUCCAGUCGUGGCAUGUGUCUUGGCCUUUGUUCAUAUUUACAAAGACUGGUUUAGCUACAAGUGCUUCGUGUCGCGCCGGCCUUGUCCACGAAAUACACCAUGCACGUGUGUCUCGGAACAUUGGCGGUGUGUCAGCUCUUGCGUUAACGCGUAAUACUGUACAUAACACACAAAACAAAUCUAUAUUUUUAUCUGUCUGUCCCCAGAAUAGGUCUAUAUCUAGCAUGCCCAUUACGUUGUGUGUGUGCUGAUCCUGGUCAUCUUUAUCUGCUGGAGCAAAGAGAGAUGGGGCUAAGCUGCCCCCCGGAUGUUCUUAUCAGUUGCCUCGGUACACACCACAUAACCGCAUGUGUGUGGAUGCUGAUUUAUGUGUGUUUGUUUUUCGAUUGUGUAAAUAUGUACAUAGCCCAGUUUUUGUUACUCAAGAGAGAAGAGAGGAGCUCGGCUAAUGUCCGUCUGCUGAGUGCGCAGUGCUUUGCGUGUACUUGUUGCGUGCACCUUGCUGUGGUGUAUCCGCUUCGCUUCUGUGUUGCUUAUGUGUCACCGUGUCACGCUUACAGAGGUGUCAUGCCUGCUGGCCCUUGUGAUGGUGAUGUGUGACUAGUGAGUGUUCAGAGAACAACAUAAUGCUGCCUUUUGUCUCGAGGUGUGAAGGAAUACAGAUGACAUAUGUGCCGCACGUGCAA